AAUCGUGCGAUGUUUUCUUCGACAUGGAUGAUGAAUAUUACCGUUUAACUUCUGAACUGGACGCUAGAGAAAUAUUAAGAUAUUUAAACAAUUUGGGCAUUCAUAAUAUUAGUGGAGAAGUUCUAAAGUAUUUCAUCACAGAUCUAAAGAAGCUUAUUAAGUACGAUAUAGCAAAGAGGUACAAGAAAGAUACUGAAGAAUAUGAAUCUCAAGGUGUUGAAAGAUUGCAUAGCGCGAGUACAUUUUGUUCACGAUUACGAUCAAUAAGUAGCAGUAACACUAUUCCACAAUGUUCUAAACAAUGCCAGAAGGGAAGGCAGCCUUUAAAAAUGAGGAAUGUACAUUCUGCACCAGUAUUAGGACAGCAAACAAAGACUCAAGAGGAAAAGUUGCCAAGGCGAGCAUGCUCUUGUAUUAGGGAAGAGAAAAAAGCUGAAAAAAUACCUAAAGAAACCAAGGAAACUAUCCAUUCCAAUACUAACUUGAUAAAAGUACCAAAACAGCCAGUAAAAAAGAAAUGUGACCCAGUGUCACUGUACCACUACUACACAUCAUUAUGGGAUAAAUACAAAUCAAAUGUACCAGGAGAAAAUGACUGGGCAGAGCUCAGAUGGAGUAUACGACAAAGAAUGGCUGGUAGUACAGCAUCUACAGGCAAUAAGGGCUCGGAACAAAGGCUUCGGGGAAAAGGUGAUUUAAAGAAAUGACAAUCAAUUUAUUGGAGAUUGUUAUGGACAUAAUCUUCAAAGAGAAAACAUGUUGCUUAUGUUAAUUUUGAAAUAAAAACAUUGACUU